UGUGAGACAGUGAGUGUCCAUUUCAUAUUUACUACCGAGUGGGUUAAUGCAGCAUCGGUAAAUAAUUACUACAUACACGGCACAUGACGGUGAAAACAACCUAGGCUAAACUUGCAGCAUUCGGAGCGCGCGUUUCUUGGAGUUAUUGAGAGAGCAUUCCUAUGCGGUCACUGUUUUCCCCUAACUCCUUUGUGAUAGGAAGUUUGUGUGGGUGGGUGAGCAUGAGGAAGUCAGGGGCAAGAGGAGCAUGCAUGGUUUAACGACUAUCCAGUGUGUAUGAUGAAAGAGAGGGAGAGACUAAGGAAGUGAAGGAGGAAAUCCCACAGGGCCGCACCGGUCAGCUCACCAGCCGCUGAAAGCAUCUCCAUUCAGACUGCAAGCUGAACUCUGCCACUGGAGUCACCGGAACUCCUGCGGCAAUUAAUGGAGCCACAAUGGAGGAUCUCAUAGGGUCGUUGGAGCGAAAGCUGCAGAGGCCGCUGCUGGCUAAAUCUCGCACGUUACCCAGCAUCCCCCAGUCCCCCACUGUGGCACGUGUGAUUAGUGAAAGUCCGCCACGCCGACGGCUACCCUCCAGUCCUGGCCACUCCAAAGCCUGCACUUUACCUUCUCCAGGUGAGCUGUGGCGACUGGAGGAUGAUGAUGAUGAGCGAGAAGAGGCGCAGCGCGUGUGUGUGGAGUCGCGCCCCGCGCUCCCAGUCCCCAUUCUCGCACUUUCGCUCGCGGGCGGCCUACCUGCGCAAGAGUGUGUCCGUCGACGACCAGCUGGGCGGGAACGAUAUUGACCACACCCAGGCAGAGGGGAAGGGCCAGCGAAGUGGGAAGAACAAACUGAAACGAAAGUUUAGUCUGGGUUCUGCAGACAGGAAAGAGCCCAAUCAGAGAAGGGUUGACUGUGUGAGGAUGACUCAGGCUCCAGAUCCCCUGCCCGCUCAGCGGAAGCCCUCCAGCCUGUCGUCUCCCAGCGCCGCGCGCCGCCUCUACCGCAACCUGUCCGGAAAGUUCCGCGUGGGGGCGGCCGGGGUGGAGGAGAGCGCCCCAUCCAGCCGGGAUAAGGAGCGUCUGCGCAAGUCUAGCGUGUUCCAGGGUGCGGAAGCCCUGUUUGAGGCGGUGGAGCACCAGGAGUUGGACGUGGUGCAGAGUCUGCUGUGGCAGUUCAGCCUGGAGGAGCUGGACCUGAACACGCCCAACAGCGAGGGCCUGCUGCCCCUGGACAUCGCCAUCAUGACCAACAACGUGCCCAUGGCCAAGCUGUUGCUACGCGCCGGCGCCAAGGAGAGCCCGCACUUUGUAAGUUUGGAGGGCCGAGCCAUGCACCUUGCCACCUUGGUCCGAGAGGCGGAGCAACGCGUUGCCGAGCUGGUUUCCAGAGUAACGGGAGAGGCACAAGGCGAGAGGGAGGAGCUUAAAUCAUGGGAGUGGCGACUUCGCCUCUACCGACGGAUGGAGACAGGAUUCCAGCAUUCCAGUCCUCCUGAUGCUCCCACUGGUGUGUGUUUGUCUGUGAGUGGCAGCAGCAGCCUCAGGGUACACUUCCAGGAGCCACUCUGUGUCAACUCAGCUACCGUCACCAAGUACAAAGUGGAAUGGAGUUUGUCUCCCUCCUUCAAUCCUGUCCUGGGUGAAAUAGUGGUAGAAGACACCACUCAUCUUCAGUGUGACAUCGGCAGUCUGACGGCAGAUACCUAUUACUAUGUGCAGGUAUCUGCAUACAACAUGAAGGGCUGGGGUCCUGCGCAGACAUCUGUACCAGCAUGUGCAACCCCCUCAAGCUGGAGAGAUAUUGACGGACGUGCGCCGCGUCUGAAAGGGCAGAAGGAGGCGCUGGAGCAGCUCUACGUGCAGAUCAAGGACUCACACCGCCAGUGUGUGUGCCAUGACCAGUGUAAAUCGGCGCCUCACAUCCGGAAGCACUCGGUGUCCAAAAGCCUGCGUCACCUCUUUCAGCCCAAUAGCAAGUUCAUCAAGAGCCUCAAAAGGGGGCUGUACCUGACAUGCAUCCUCUAUAGGGAUGAUAAUGUGCUUGUGACGCCAGAGGAUCAGAUCCCCAUAGUGGAGGUGGACGACUCUUAUAGCUCCUUAACUCAAGACUUCCUCUGGUUCACCAAGGUGUCGUAUUUGUGGGAGGAGAUCUCCUGGCUGCAGCAGUGCGUCGUCUCGGCCCAGUCCUCCUGCUCCUGCACGCUGCAGACUCGCCUCAAGAUGCUGCAGGCUGUCGCCCAGCUCCAGAACCUGCUGGGCACCCAUGACCUGGGCCAAGUCUAUUACGAGCCAGUCAAGGACAAGCACGGGAACGCCCUGCUGGUGCUGCUGCGGGACAUGGGUGCGGCGGGCGGUGUGGAGGGCAUGCGCUGGACCCCGCUCUGCAAACUGCAGCUGCAGCGCAAGAGCCUGUCCUCGCCCGAGGAGCCCACGGCGCUCGACAUGCUGCUUAUUACAUUACACGAAAAGCUGGCCUACCAUCGGCGGAGCAGGAAGGUGCUGUCCCCUGGUCUCUACCUGGGCUAUCUGAAGCUCUUCAGCACAGUGGAGCAGAUCAGGGUUCUGGUGCCACAGAAAAUCCCCAACGUCCUCUGUUACGUCAAAAUACGUGACAACAGCAACGUCUCAAGAGGAGAGUGGGAGUGGCUCCAAGCGGUCCGGUCCAUAGAGGAGGCCCAUGAGAUGGCCGCUGAUGAGCAGAGCGCUCCCCACCGCCUCCUGCAAGACCUGCGCAGCGCCGCCCGAGACCUCCUCAGCCACAUGAACAUCUCCAAGAAACAGGCCCAGGAGUUCCGCAUCUACACGCACGAGGUGUGUGAGUUCGGGCAGGGGGUGUCUGUCCUGCUGCUGCUGCCCCCGUGUGAGGACGUGUGCUCGGCCCCGGGCCAGAACCAGACCUACUCGCCCCGCACUGGCCUGCUCACGCUGCCACUGCAGGUCUUUGAGCUCGUUCACUUUGAGGCUUACUGUCCCAGUUUCAUCGGGCCUUUCUGUCGAGUGUCUGCACUCCUGGGGCUCCAGGCGCUCAUGUCCCAGCAAGCUCUACGGGAAGCCUUCUCCGAGUCAGAGCUGCUCACCGCUAAGCACAAACACCAACAAGUCCAGGAGCACAUGCAGCAAAUGGAGGAGCUGUGGCGCGAGUCUCGCUGGAUCAUGGACGCGCUGCAGAACGCGCGCUACAAACAGCCCGCGGGCGGCAUCCUGCUGGCCUGGCUCAUGGACUUCUCCCGGGAGACGCUACCCGAGACGCCACGCUCCACGUCGUCAGCGCCGGAGUACCUGCCCUCCCCGCCAGCUUCCCCCGACAGCCACCGCAAACACUCAGAUCUGCCUGGUCUGUCUGAUGAGGAAGGUUCAUCCGAGGUCUUCCUCACCACCGACAGCGACUAUGACUCCAGUCGCGCUCAGAGCCCGCGGGAGCUGGACCUCCUGCCGGCGUCCCCGGGCGUGUGCGGCCGUGGCAGCGGGGUGGCGGCUGGCUCGCGGCCUGACGUGGUGCAGCUGGGCGGAGGUCCAGUCUCCGGGCGGGGCAGGAGCGGUAGCGGUGGUGGUGGUGGUGGCGGAGCGUCCAUCCCCGAGGCCUUCGACAGCGACUUCAUCCUGCCCAGCCGGCAGAUCGAGCUGCUCCGCAUCACCGAGAAGCGGCAGGCGCUGUGCGUACGCACCAGCAGCUUGGAGUGCCCGCCCACCUCCUCCUCGUCCUCCUCCUCCUGCGCCGCCAACGCCACCUCGCCGGGCCGCCGUCUCCAUGGGAACCACGGGCAGGCCCGCCCGGCGCGGCCCACGCGGGCCCACUCAGAGGACAGCGGCGUGAGGCGGCUCUCAGCGCCCACCUCCUCCUCCUCCUCCUCGGCCGGCUCCAGCUGGCACACCACAUUACGCAUUUACCCACAAUACCCCACCGGCCUGCCCAAAGAGACCAGCGUCAAGCUACGGGUCACCCCCAACACGUCGGCGCGGGAGAUGGUGCAGCUGGUGGUGCAGGAGAUGAACGCGGUGGCGCGGCAGCUGCUGGGCGGUGCUGACCGCUGCUCCUCAGGGCCCGGUGAAGGCUGGGUGUGCGGCUGCGGCCCGGCCGCGUGCGUGUGCGGCCCUCCGCCGGCCGGCGUCUACGGCGCCGAGCACCUGGAGCACUUCGGCCUGGUGCUGGUGCUGGACGAGCGGGUCAAGUGGCUGCAGGACGACUUCUGCCCGCUGCAGCUGCAGAAUCCCUGGAGCCGCGGGAAGCUGUGCGUCCGCAUCAAGGAGUACUCACCACUGGCCAUGCAGCACAGCAGGGCUACCACUGUCUGACCCCAACACACACACACACACACACACACACACACACACACACUAACACACACCUGUGUGUGUGCACACAUGCUCUUAUACGUCCAAAUACCUGGGUGCGCAAGCAUUUCUGGUACAUGUAAAGGUUUACAAAUGCACAACACUACACUCAAGCAUGCAGGCCAGCGUGCAUGGACACACUCCCUCACACACUGGUGGCCAUUAGUGUGCAUUCACACACACAAACACACACACACACACACACACACUGACACGCCGCAUAUGCAUGGCUGGACAUCACAUGCAGACGCACAGGUAGACCUACACACUGGAUAUGUGUACAGUCGUACAUAUCACCCACAUCCAAACACACACACACACAGACACACACACACACACACUUGUGGCCAUGCAUAGCCAUAGGCACAUGAGAGACUUCUUUCUAAUGUCCAGAUUUCCCCCCAUCUCUUUCACAACUCUGUUGUCCAGUGUGUGCGUGCAGUGCUUCUCCUUGAGUCCCCUUGCACUGCUGCUCGUAACUGUUGGUGUCCUAAGAAGCUGCUGCUCUUCCCUCUGUGGCUGAGCGCGUAUAGACCAUGAUGUUUACCCGGCGUCAGUGUUACAGACGGCGCGAGUGGUUAGUCAUCCCGCCGAUGAGUAGCCGAUGGCUCACAUCGCCAGCAGGGGAACGCCCAGCCCUCCGCGUCAGUCAGUCCGUCGCUCUUUUUCGAGAUGGCUACAAAUCACUCCGGACUAUUCCGCAAGCAAGUGUGGAUUUGAUUUUCCCAGGAAUUCCUUCCAGAAUUGGAAUAUCGCACUCGGGGGGGAAGAGAGGAAUCCUGCAACAUAACAUCACAAGCGCACACCCACCUAAACACACACACACACACACACACACACACACACACAGAGUGAAUGAUUGCCUUUCUCGCAGGGAUUCCAACCACUCUCUCUCUCUCUCUCUCUCUCUCUCGGGCCCCCUCCUUCCUGUCCUCCCUCCCUUAAACGGUGAUGGAGGGAGCCGAUCCUCCUCGUGACCCACGGAGGACCCUGUGAAACAUGGAGGGGAAUAUUUCUUGCUUUGAAGAGAAGCAGAACAAUAUGAACUGUACAAACACACUGAUGUAUGAGUGAAGCAAUACUGGCGUGGCGUCUGCCUGCGCAGGCCCAAAGUGUAAUAACGAUCAACAAUGUGCUAACAGCCAGCAGGACGAGGGGAAACAAAGCGCGCUCACGCCAAACUGGGUUAGAGUUGGCCAAGCGUGGAGUCAAAUCAAAAAUGAAUCACAGGAUUUUGCCAAAAAAUAUCAGAAAGUAUUGUAGCUGGCAGGUGAAAUGCCAAUAGCAAGUUAUGGAAUUGCAUGAAGUAAUGUAAUGGUUUGUACCUUCAAUAAGAGUGAGCUGAGUUACAUGUUACAAUAUGUUUUUAAAUGAGAUAGAGUUAGAUAAAGUGUGAUUCCAUUGAAGGCUACAGAACUGAUGGUGCUGUAACCUUAUCUAGUGUUGUCAUGUUAUUGACAGUUGUUACAUUAUUGGUUGUUUUUAGAUUUUGGGCUGCUGCACAGCUUCCAUGUGUACUCUUGGCAAGAUGUUUACAGGCAGCACCACACACACACUCACUGGACUGAAGUUUGUAUAUAUCCUCACACACACACACACACACACACACAGACACUGGAUGUUGUGUGCUGCUAUCCUCUGCUGCUCCUGUUCUGUCUUAGUAGCCCUCUCGCAACCCUGUGCUACACCAGCCCAUCAGUGAGUAAGUGUGUGUGUGUGUGUGUGAGUGUGUGUGUGUGUUAAGGUUAGGAGACCUUAUCAUCCCUGUAUCUCCUGGCCCCGUAUGUGCCUGUGACCUUCAGCGGCGUCCGGCUCGGCUGGCUCGUGCGUCUGGUGCGCACGGGGAGCUUGUUGUCUUGCGUGUGCAUGUGUGUUGCCGCGGCCCGGCCCCAGCGCCCCACUUCCCCCCGCUGCGCCUCCCUCCUCAGACUCGGCGGCACCAGGCGCUCGCCGCUCCGUCGUAAAGCCCCCACCCACCCCCCUCUCCACUCUCACUAGCAUUGGAUGCUAAUAAACGAUAGGAAAAAUGGGCCUUUCAACUUUCGCAGGGAUAGGGAGGCAUUCAAAUGCGGCAGCCCCCCCCCCCAACUCCCCACCCUCCUUUGAGCUGAUCAGUAAAGGAGUUACAGGCUCAUUCUCCUCUGUAGCAAAGACUGGAAACUGUUAUGUUUACAUCCAUGCCUGGAUGAUUUUGUAAUGUUAACACAGUCGGUGGAGCAUUCUUAAUUCUUUUAGCAUGUCAUGACUCUAAGGCAGAUAAUUCAACGUCUGAUGGCAUUAUCAAGUCCGGAGUUCUCACAGAUUUCAUAAGGCUGAAAGCCAUCCUACUCUAA